UAUAUAAGCUGCGUGUGCGCCGACUCUGCAUCCAGUGUUUUGUUCACCCCGGCACAGCAAUACCUACUCCUGCAACAUGAAGGCUUUCGUGUGUUUGUUAGUCCUGGUGGCCGCAGUGUACGGCGCAGAAGAGGAGAAGAAAAAUGAGAAGCGCGGUCUGCUCGGCCUUGGCUACGGGGGUCACAGCCUCGGCUACGGAGGCCAUAGCCUCGGUUACGGUGGUCAGGGUCUCGGAUACGGAGGCUAUAGUGGACACGUAGUCUCGGCCCCAGUCGUCACACGCAGAGUUGUCUCGUACAGCCUCGGCGGCCAUGGAGGCUACAGCGGAUAUGGAGGGUACAGCGGAUACGGAGGCUACAGCGGAGGCUACAGCGGCCACGGAGGCUACAGCUCGCUUGGUCUCGGCCACGGCUACAUACACUGAGGCAAACGUCACACACGUAAAGCCAAGUUGUUCAGUAUCAUACAACUAGAUAAAACUGAUAGCUUAAUAUAUCCACAGUUGGAAAUUGUCAGCUGUCGGCGCUCUCUUCUCUAUAUGUUGUAAUUUGUUGUAUGUACUUAAGAAUGGCUGCGAUAUAAAUUUUGUUAUUGUUAGUG